UUCCCUGUUCAACCCGGCUGCAUCGGCUGUUCUGAAGCAGCACUCCCUCCUCCAAAAAGAAGAAAACUACAAAGCAUCGUUCCUCAUGGACCCGUUCACUGAAGGCAUCGUGGUUGCCAGCAUCUCCGGCACUCUGCUACUCGGCUAUCACGCUAUCCUGGUCUAUCUGAUCUGGAGGCACACCCUUGUAACCGUCAUCGGCCUGACCCGCGAUGCCCGUCGGGUGUGGGUGAUGAAGAUCAUGGAGAAGCCAGACUCGAUCCUGGGCGUCCAAACCCUGCGCAACUGGGUCAUGAGCUCGUCGCAGCUCGCUUCAACGGCGGUCGUGAUCUUGUUGGCCCUCACGGCAUUCAUCCCCAUUCCAGGCAGGAGCGGCCAAUCGCUGCUGGCCGCUCCGACCGACGACCCCACGCUGAUCAUCAAAAUGGCCAUGCUCUGUGUCUCCUUCAUGGUGGCCUUCUUUGCCUUCACCCAGUCCAUGCGCUACUUCAAUCAUGUCUCGGUACUUCUGGCUGCGGGAUCCAUCCCUCCUGCAGAUCCUCCCCAGACCCCUCUUGAAUACUGGGUCGACGACAACCCCGUGGCGAUCCAGAAGUUUGCUGCAAGUCUCUUCAACCGCGGCGCCAUGUUCCACACGAUCGGGAUGCGCUGCUACUACUGCACAUUCCCUAUCAUUCUUUGGUUCUUUGGUCACUGGGCCCUGUUUGGCGGCAUGGUUGCUCUGCUCACCAUCCUUGCCGUUCUCGACUACACCGGCAUCGACUAUGUCCGCACCAAACGCCGCGGCCCCUAUGCCUGGCCCUCUCCCGUCCUUCGGCCCGCACCGCCGUCCGUGUCGUCUCACGCCCUGACUCAAGAUCGGAAUAUGGAGUCGGUCUGAAGCACCCUCCACUUAGCCAAGCACAACCGGCCGAGGCUUGCCUCAAGCCAACCCCAUUCAUUGUCUCCAUCAUUUCCUCUUGUUGUUGGCGGCUGGGAAUCAGCCCCAGAUGCCCUUCGUCAUCCCAUCGCUCCCUCCCCUCCAAAUCCCAUC